UAAAAAAAUAACUUGAUUACUAUUUUAUUCUCAUUUUUAAUCUUUUAAAGGUAAUACCAAGCAAAGUUAUGUUUAUAAAUGUUAUGCGAGACUGUCAACAUGAGAGAAGUUUCGAACUAAUUAAUAAUGGAGAUGCUAUAAUUCGGGGCGAGUUUACAUGGGAUUAUUUGUCAUGUGAGGACAACAAUGAUAGUGUGGCCUUGAGACUGGAGCCACCACUGUUCAGAUUGGAACCUGGAGCUUCUAUAAAUGUAAGCGUAUACAUGACUCCCCUUAUAAAAGGAGAAAUCAACAUUAUGAUAGGACACUCUCAGAAUGGUCUGUCCAGCACACCUCUGAUCUCCGUAACAGUGGACUGUGUGUUCCCUUGUCUCCAAGUGACAGACCUGCGCCACAACAACACCGGACCACUCUUUAGCAAGCUUGACUUCUGGAAAUUACUUGAAAUUAGAACGUUGAAUGAAGUAUUACGUAAUGUGAUAUUGGGGGAAAAUCAGGGUGUAAACAUGAACUUGCCGAGUUAUCUCUGCACGACUAAGCCAAUUACAAUAGAGCUGCUCCUGGAGAACAAGUCAAGCGUAGGAGUCAAGUUUUCACUGACUCAGAAGGCAGCAUGUGACUGUAAGCCUGUGUUAACUUCCGUGAGCUUCAGUCGGUCCAAACUUCUAGACCUCUGUCCACACAAGGAUCAAGUGCAGAUUACACCAACAUCUGCCGACAUUAAGUCAGAUGAUAUCUUGAUAUUGAAUAUUAAAGUAUCAUAUACUACUGUUGGGAGUGUUGAAGGAUUGUUCAUCAUUUCGAUUGUACCUGAAGAUUUUGAGGAAAUUAACUGUUCGCUGACGCUACAUAUCACCCGCACUAGCAUAUCUGAAAAUAUGUCCUUUAUUGACACUACAGAACGUAAAGAAAACAACACAUUUGUAUUUAAUAUGAGGCCAGUAUUUAUAGGAGACUAUUAUCCUUUUGUCCAGGCUUUUGUCUUGUACAAUAACAGUAAAUUCUCAGCCAACUACGAUGUUGAUGAUAGAACAUUGCAGGGCACUCCAUUUAAAUACAUAAGACAGAGAAAUCAAAUUUCCGCUACAUCGCAGCAUGCUCUUAUAUUCACAUUUCUCCCACACUCAUGCAAAACCUAUGAGGCCGAAGUAAUUUUGAAUAUAAACACCACUCUUGAAAAACUUAUACUUAGAGGAACUGGUAUUAAUUAUGUGAAUGAAGACAGUGAAGUUGAUGAAUUGAUGUUCCCAAGGCAUGCAAAACUAAUGUCACUGAAUCCUUCACCCCUUUAUCUUUCUGUGUCUCACUUGGAUGUUGGGCCAAUGAAACAGUGUAGUACACAAAGACAUGUCCUCUUUAUAAACAACAAAACCGAUGAUAUAAUAAGUUUUAAGUGGCACACGAAUUGGUGUCCUGACGUAUUAGUAUUGAGGGUGCACCCUGCCACAGGAGCUAUACAUCCACGAGGAAUGGUGGAGUGUCGGGUAGUCAGCUACUGCAGGGGUUGGCCCUGUCACAUAACUCUCUGUGUCACAUGUGUGUUUGCUAGUUUUACGAAAUACUCAUCAACGGUGCAAACUAUUCAAAAGUAUAGGGAUGACACGUUGAAGAGUUUAGAUUACUUUGUUAUUACUGAGCGUGGUUCUGAGGUGUUUGAAUUGACAGCUCCUGCAGAAGAGUGGCCUCGGAAAAAUUACUUAACUCUAAGUGCGACAAUCAACGUUAAAGAUGAUUCACUAGAGGGCAUGAAUUUUCUCCCUCUUUCACCAUCUUCAAUCCAGCUUCAAUCCUUAAAAGAACCUAGGGAAUUUCUAGGAAAAGAUUCAUUUUUGAGAACUUUUAUUCUAGAGAGGAUUUUGUGGGACGUGCUAAAUGAAAAAUGCAACAGUCCUUCUGCAGGGAGCAGUGUAGCUUCUGAACGGUACAUCCAAUUUAAACGGAUAUCACUUCAGGAAAAUGUACCUGUCCCACAUAAUGUGAUGCAGACAAUGUUGGAAGACAUUCUGUAUUCAAUUUGGGAGGAUGUAUUAGAGUUAACUUCCCGGAACAUGACAGAGCAACUGCGAAGAACGCUAAUCCUUCAGUUGAAGUUACAAACUUCGUUAAGCUCAAAAGCAUAUUCUCACAACAGCCCUGAUAAAACUCCAACUUACCAAUCCAUAACAGAAACUCGUUCUUCUAGAGGACUAGACAAAUCCCGGAUCUCUGAUACACAGUAAACUUUUGUAACAUCAGGUAAAUCACACUCAAAAUCAGCAAUUCGUUCAAAGAGAGAUGAAUCAGAUGGAGGCAUGGCAUCUGAAACAGAAAACAUCUGUAUCAAGACAGGAUUAUUUAAAAUACAACAUUUAAUUUAGUUGUUAUUCAACUAAAAUAUCAAAUUUUGUUAAAAACAUAGAUUAAAUUAUUUUUAAUAUAAAAAAAU